CGAAGCCCCAUGGCAGGAGGAGGAGAAGGCCCAGUGUAGAUCUCAGCGGAGCUUCGUUAACUUCGAGAGAAGAGAAUCAGUGCAUCUCCUAGAAGGCAGAGCAGAUUCAAGCUCCGCAAAAAUCCGCUUCCAUGGGCCUGGAGAUGGAACCCCUCGCCGCCUCCAUUGGCAUCUCCGUCCCCGUUCUCCGCUUCCUCCUCUGCUUCGUCGCCACAAUCCCGGUCAGUUUCCUAUGGCGUCUCGUCCCCGGCCGCCUCCCCAAGCACCUCUACUCCGCCCUCUCCGGCGUUCUUCUCUCUUACCUCUCCUUCGGCUUCUCUUCCAACCUCCAUUUCUUGGUCCCCAUGUCCCUGGGUUACGCUUCCAUGCUCCUCUUCCACCGCCAUUGCGGCUUCAUUACCUUCUUUUUGGGUUUCGGCUAUCUCAUUGGCUGCCAUGUAUAUUACAUGAGUGGGGACGCUUGGAAGGAAGGAGGUAUUGAUGCAACUGGGGCCUUGAUGGUAUUGACACUGAAAGUCAUUUCAUGUGCAAUAAAUUAUAAUGAUGGGUUGUUAAAAGAAGAAGGUUUAAGUGAGGCUCAAAAGAAAAAUCGAUUGAUUAAGUUGCCCUCAUCAAUCGAGUACAUCGGUUAUUGCCUCUGCUGUGGCAGCCACUUUGCUGGUCCUGUUUAUGAAAUGAAGGAUUAUCUUGAGUGGACUGAAGGAAAUGGGAUUUGGAAGCAUGAUGAACAAAACCCAUCUCCAUCACCAUAUUUCGCUACAAUUCGAGCUCUUUUCCAAGCUGCCUUUUGUAUGGGCUUGUAUUUGUACCUGGUACCUCAGUUUCCAUUGUCCCGCUUUAUUGAUCCCGUCUACCUUGAAUGGCCAUUCUGGAAGCGUCUUGGGUACCAGUAUAUGGCAGGCUUUACAGCACGCUGGAAAUAUUAUUUCAUCUGGUCGAUUUCGGAGGCUGCCAUCAUUAUUUCCGGCUUGGGUUUCAGUGGUUGGACAAAGUCUUCUCCACCCAAACCGAGCUGGGACCGUGCAAUAAACGUCGAUAUUAUAGGUCUUGAGUUGGUGAAGAGUGCAGUUGAGAUUCCUCUUAAAUGGAAUAUUCAAGUCAGCACCUGGCUUCGUCAUUAUGUUUAUGAGAGGCUGGUUCAAAAGGGGAAGAGACCUGGUUUCUUUCAGCUGCUGGCAACACAGACUGUCAGUGCUGUUUGGCAUGGUCUGUAUCCUGGGUACAUAAUCUUCUUUGUUCAGUCUGCUCUGAUGAUUGCUGGUUCAAGAGUUAUUUACAGAUGGCAAGUAGCUGUUCCUCCAACCUUGGCUUUCYUCAAAAUCAUACUCGGAUUUUUUAACUUUGCUUACACAGUUUUGGUUCUGAACUAUUCCUGCGUCGGUUUCAUGGUCUUGAGUUUGCACGAGACGCUUGCCUCGUAUGGAAGCGUGUACUACAUCGGAACCGUCAUUCCCGUCACACUGAUCUUACUUGGCUCCAUAAUUAAACCCGCAAGACCGGUUCGAUCCAAAGCUCGAAAAGAAGAGUGAGGUAAGAAAGUGCAGUCAUCUUUGUGGGGGGUUUCUGAAUAACUUUAAACGAGUGAGUAAAGGAGAAGAAGCCAGUGGCUUCUUUUUCCACUUGAGAUGCUGAAGAUUGAUCGCUAAAUUGUUAUUUAUUUUAGUUGAUUGAUGGAUCUUUUGGGUUAAGCUCUUAGUCUCCUUUGAAUUCUAAAACCUUGAUGUUGCAACUUUUUUAGUAGAUUGUUGAAUGUUUGUGGAAUGCAUGCAUUGACCCCAAAUCAUUAGGGUGGUCCAAAUUUUAUGGCAUUUGCUAGUGAUAUUAGUGUGGUCCAAA